CGGAGGAGUUAUGCGUGGCACAGCUAUGGCCGGUGAGGGGCAGGUCGGUGCGCGGAGCGGCGGCGAGGRCCGAGGAGCGACCGGGGGUAAUGUGGGGUGCUAAGAAAGUGAUCUUCAAGCAAGUCMGGCUAUGGCCUUUGAGAGGAUAAACCAGAAAGACUGGUACAAGGUCCUGGGUGCCAAACCAUCGGACAGCCUGGCAGAACUGAAACGGAAAUACCAAAAACUCGCUCUGUUGUAUCAUCCCGACAAACAGGAGGCAGAUGUGCCAGCAGGAGAAGUGGAGGAGCGCGUGCAGCGGUUCAUCGAGAUUGAUCAAGCGUGGAAAAUUCUAGGGAACGAGGAGACAAAAAAAGAGUAUGACCUGCAGCAGCGUGAAGAUAACCUGACAAAAGAAUGGCCACUUCAUGCACAGAUUUAUCUUGAGGAUAUGUCYUGGAAUGAAGAUGAACAACUCUAUACUCUCUCCUGUCGAUGUGGUGGGAAUUACAGUGUCUUUAAGAGUGAAACCAAAGAUGUAUCUUCGGUUUGUUGUGACACAUGUUCACUUGUUAUCGAGAUCCUUCAGUGAUUGUUUCAAUGAAGCACAUUAAAAGUUACAAACUCCUCAAAGGACUGGACAAACAAGUGACAGCAUCUGCUAAAGAAAUGGGUGUUAAAAAAAAGGGGGGCACUACAAGAACAAGUUCACUCAGGCUUAAAAAUGAAGAAAAGUGCCCCUUUGCUCACACAGCUGUGCAGACAUGAGGCUUGGAUUUUCCUUCUCCAGCAGAAGAUCUUGUUAUGAAACACCUCCARUCCAGAACACGGAGUUCUGUGCAACUGGAAUAGAUCUCCUGAUCUUUCCCUUGGGCCCUACCUCUUAGAUGAAAUCCUUUUAACAGCUCAGAUGACAAAAUUCAAUCCCAGKGCUGAGGAGCAGGGCUGGUGGCUGUCCCUGCCCUGUGACAAUGACAAACAUCAGCCUGGAGCAGGAGCACACUCUGAACUGAGGCUGUUCAUCACCAGAACAAAUGGAGUAAUCAUUGCUGAGGAAAGCCAAGGAGGGGCCUGUGCUCUGACCCUGUGGGCAGUUCAAGGGAAACAACCCCACAGCACAUCUGGGAAUGACCAGCACAUCUGGAGAGCCACUGGUGCCUCAUUCAGUUCCAGCCUGGGGGUAGUUCUGUGUGACAACACAGUAAAGUGCUCUGUGCCUUCUCCAUCCUCAACACUGAGUGCUCACCUUGGCUUGCACCAAAACCCCAAACCUUGCUCAUAAAUCCAAGCACUGACUGUGGCCUGCCAGAGGAAGCAGAGCAAGAGGCACAUCAUUUUUGUUGGUGACAGAAGUGUAUCAUUCCCACUCUGAAGUUUGGUGUAAUUUCAGAAAGAGAUAUCUUUGUCAAGUAAUACUUGUGUUUAUUCUAAGCAAAAAUAAUUCCAUUAAUUUUAGUAGAAAAUAYUGUGAAAACUGUCAAUAGUAACUUAAGUCUUUUAAUCAUCAAGAAAUCUGUGGCCAUUGGGGCUUGCACGUAGAAAUCCAAAGUCAUUCAGUGGCCAUAUCUGUAAAAUAAAAGUUACAAGCAACUUUAAUCACAA